AUGGGAAAUAGAUAUGUUCUGCUUGUUGGUAUUGAUACCUAUCUCCAAAAUGACCAUGAGAAGCCAGGCACAGGCCAGGCAGUGUCUCUGAACAACCUUCAAGGCUGCGUCAACGACAUCGGUCUGCUCAAAAAUCUAUUGCAGACGGCCUUCCAUGUUCACAAACUCACAAUUCUCACAUCUUCCGAAGCCUCAGAAACCCCGGGGACUCCCCAAGAAGCUAGCGACAAGUUACCCACGUUUGACAAUAUCAAACGGGAGUUCGACAACGUGUACAACUCCGCCCAAUCCGGCGACUUGUUCUUCUUCCACUACUCGGGCCAUGGAGGGCGACUACCAAAGCUUUCAACUUCACCCGAAGACCGCUCCGCAGACCCGUCACUUUUGACCGUCGACUACUGCCGAGGAAAGCCUGCGAUCCGCGGGUGGCAAUUGAACCAGUGGCUCAAAAGAUUGAGUGAAAAGAGAAUUCAGGUCAUUGUCAGCCUCGACAGCUGCUACUCGGCAGGCUCAUGGCGAAACGAAGGAAGUUUGCGAACGCCACCGGACUGGACCCCGCGGCCGAACGGACCAGAAGAUGAAGCUGCCGGCGAACACAGACACAAUAACCGUGAUUGCGAGAUGGAUGUAUCCUGGGAUAUCAAUCCGGACUGUUUUACUUUGAUGGCUGCUUGUGAAUCAACGGAAUAUGCACAGGAGAAGCGAGUAGAUGGUGUGUCAUAUGGCAUGUUCACCUACACUUUGGCUGACUAUUUGACUCAAAAUCGACAACAAGAGGUAUUAUCCACAUACCGGAAGAUCCGCGAUCACAUUUCAGAGAAAAUCCAACCCCAGAGCCCGCGGGUCUACGGUCAGGAUCGAUUAGCCUUCUUCCAGAACAAGGAGAUAUUCUCAGCAACGCCCAUUCCUGUCGAUACCGAUGGAAAGUCAGCUUCACUUCCUAUCGGAAAGGUACACGGUGUUAAAAAAGGAGCUGAAUUUGCGACCUUCCCACCUCUACCUGAAGCGACCUUUCGCAUAAUUGAAGUUGAAGAAUAUGAGAGCAGGGCAGAGUCAGUAAGAGAGGUUGCUCAAGUUCUGCCGAGGUUCUCCGAAGUACUUCCAUCCAGAUGGAGCAUGGAGGGGAAACCACUUAACAUCCUCGUUGGACAGAAUUUUGCUGCUGGGUUUCUCAAAGCCCUGCAGGCGAGUUUGAUGGACAGAGUGGUCGGUAAUGUCGAGGUUGCCGAGUCCCCCCAAGAAGCCGUAAGCCAUGACCCAGAAGAUGCAGACUUCUGGGUAAAGAAAGGCGUCGACGGCGCCAUCGACAUUUUCGGACCUGAACCGCUCAUCGUCCGUGCUGAGCCUGUUCAGGGUCUGCAAAUCACAGGCGCAAGCGAUAAUGACAAGAUUCCGCAAGUAGCCGCUGCCAUAGCGCACUUGGUACGGUUUAAGCAGAUUCUCAACCUGAAAGAUGAAGCAUCCGAGGAGCCCCUUCCAUUCAGGGCCAUAUUGGAACCAGAUCGGAGUGCUAGUGGGAGCAAUUUCAAGGAGAGAGAUAUUGUCAAGCUCUCAAUCGAGAACCUCGGUCCCGACGAGUUACAUUUUACAGUCAUUAACUUGGGUCCUGGAUUCCAUGUCGCUCAGCUAUUCCCUCAGGCGGACUCUCCGCAGACCUUACCUAUCAACGGCAAGCCAUAUGCAUUUAAAUUCCGCUUGACAUUACCCAGCGAGCUCAGACGGCAGAGCAAAGACGGACAAAGGUACCGUGACAUCAUUCGCAUCAUUGUCACUAAAGGUAGAAAACUCUCUGUUAAAAGCCUGGAGCUUCCUAGUAUUUGGGAUAAUAUUCGUUUUAAGCCUAGUAGUGGUGGGAGAGAUGGGGUUCUAAUUGAAGGCCCUGAUUUCGAUUGGUGGAUUGAGGACAAAAUUAUAUGGAUGAACACAGGCACUGCGUAG